AGUGCACCAAGUUCCAAACGCCCUGCAUGUCGCCACAGAAUAUUCUGUCCAGCUCAGCUUUCAAUGAGCCUGCUGCAAGGCUUUGAGGCGCAGGCUUGCGCUGGAAGGGUCACAUGACCAAUGUCAACGGCAAGGCACAGAGGAGAGCGCUCUCACACCGUCUUCUAGCGCAUCAGCAUUCAGCCAGCUACACAGGAACGUUUUGCUCCAUGCUACUGAUUUCAGGAGCUCCACCUUUCCGACAUUGUCUGGUGUCGCGCUUAAGAGGUCGGCAGUGUUGUAGGCGGCAGCAAAAUAUCUUCUUUUUCGGCUGUCGCCCGAUUGCCAUUUUAGAUUUGAAGCAGACCGUCUUUUACAACGUGGGAUGAUGGCUGCUCAAGGAGCAGAGGAGGCUUUGAGUGCUUCUGGUGCUCCUCCAGUAACAGAGAAGCUGGUGCAUCACUUGACUAGCCAAAUGAGCCGGAUGGGGGACUCUGGCGAGGAGCGCCUCGCAAUGCUGAAGGUGGUCGGAGAAAGGGCGGGCUGGCUCAUCCAGCCAACGGACGUGACGCUGGGGGAUCAGAUCGGGAAAGGCGCGACAGCGAAGGUUUACAAGAGCGUUUGGCACGGGCUUGACGUGGCCGUCAAAACGAUCGACCCGGAGCUUUUUCUCAAGGAUCCGGGCGGCCUCACCUCGUUUUGCCGCGAACUCGAGAUCCUCGCCCGUCAGCGGCACCCGUUCAUCCUGCCUUUCUUUGCGGCCACGCUCAACUACCCCGAGCACUGUUGGGUCGUGACCGAUGUCAUGAAGUGGACGCUCGUCCAGUGGCUGCACGGAACACGGGAGCGCCAAUGGACGCGCAUCAUCCCACUCCCGCCCCUGCGAGAUCGCCUGCGGGUUUCGCUCGAGAUCGCGUUGGGCAUGCAGCACUUACACGAACAGGUCCCUAUGAUCAUCCACAGGGACCUGAAGCCGUCGAACGUGUUUCUGGACUCUCGGGGCCGUGCUUUCGUGUCGGACUUCGGCUUCGCCCGCCAGCUGCAGCCCCAGGAUGCAGACCAGACGGGCGAGACAGGCACGUACAUGUACAUGGCUCCUGAAGUGAUCCGCUACGAACAUUACAACGAAAAGUGCGACGUUUAUAGCUUCGGGAUCCUGCUCAACGAGCUGAUGACUGGGCAUCCCCCGUAUCUCGAGGCCUACCUGUCACCUGUCCAGGUCGCCCGAGGCGUUGCGGACGGGAGGCUGCGCCCGAUGCUCGCCAAAGAGCCCGGCCCGCUCAUGUCUGAGCUCAUCGAAGCGUGCUGGGCCAAGGAACCCUCUGUGCGGCCCGCGUUUGGCCAGGUUACCACCCGCUUGCGUCAAAUCAUUGCUGACGUGGACAAUGCUGAUGCACCAAAGCCGAGCACGAUUUGGACUUGGUGGCAGUAGCCUCCACCAAGGGGCACCCCUCAUUAUGUCAAAUUUGUAUGUAAGCUAGCGUUUGUCGGAAGUCAGAUGCGUGUUGAAUAUUUUUGAAACCGCUUCGAAAAGUCCGUUGAACGUGUCGGCGGGAAUUCAGUAAGCCCAUGGAUAGACUCACGGCCUCCACGGUGGUUCAAUGUGCUUUAUGUACGUUUUGCCUACAUUGACUCAUAUCAAACCGAACCUAUCCUGAUACUUGACUCCGGCAUUAAGCAUGCGUCGCCAGUAUCCGGGCGGGGCACGUUGUUAACCA